AUGGCGGACAAAAUCAAAUUCCUCGUUCAGAAACGAACUUCCCUGAAAUCCCAAAUAACCAAUUUAGCCAAUAUCGUCGAAGGGGGGAAAAUUGAUAACGCGACGUUAAGGUUGCGAAACGAACGUUUAACGCAAUUGUAUCGGGCCUUCGAAGAGCAUAACGAUGAACUCGCGGUAUUGGAUUCCAACGCAAAUCAUCGGGUCGAGUUCGAGGGUAUCCAGGAGCGGUUUUAUUGCUUGGCGGGAAAAAUUGAGAGUAUUUUACGUCCGGGAGAUGCGCCGUCGGGAGAUACGUCCGAAACGAGCGCCAGCGUAUCAAAUGAAGGGGUACGACGCGAUGACGUCGUACCGCCUGUUGAGAAACGGCGGAUUAAGCUACCCGAAACACCGUUACCGACGUUUAAUGGUAAAUUUGAGGAAUGGUUAUCAUUCAAAAAUGCGUUUUGCAGUAUGACAGGCUCGCGAACGGACCUUGCGGAAAUAGACAAAUUGCAUUAUCUUAGAUCGGCGUUAACUGGCGAAGCCGCGAACAAGAUUAGGAUCUUCGAAAUUGACGGAAUUAAUUAUGCCAAUGCCUGGAGCUUAUUAGAACGGUCAUAUGAGGUCAGGAGGAUCUUGAUAUCGCGGCAUCUCUCUCUGUUAUUAAAUUUGCCCGCGCUAGACAAAGAAACAACGAACGGUUUGUCCAGACUCGCGGACGACGCGCAGCAACACGUUGCAUCGCUAAACUCAUUGGGAAUUUCGGUCGAACACGAGAUGAUCGUGCAUUUGCUAGAGACCAAGCUACCAAGGAUAACGUUGGAAAAAUAG